UAGAGCCUGGCAAGGGUACUCGUCGUCUGAUAUUAUCCGUUAAUAAGAAAUACUUGUACUUAAACUAGCCAUUUUCCAAUUUCAUACUGUUUCACUCCCGUUGUGUAUGUACAUAUAAAUACACGGAUCUGAUCUCUCCAGUUCAACUGACACACAAUAGACAUUGUCACUCUCUCUCUAUCGAAAUGUCAGCUUCUUUGCAAUCUCCGCCAUCUUCAGCUCUCUCUUCCUCCUCAGCUCUUCAGAAUAGGAGAUUGGGAUUCGCGGUUUACUCCACGAGGCCGAGUUUCGCGUUCAAGUCGCAAAGGUCCUUUCCUCAAAUCCGAGCUUCCACUGGCUUCUCGUCAUCUCUUGACGCUGGUUUGAGCACUGAAUUGGAUGCUGUGUCAAGCUACAGUGAGAUCGUUCCUGAUACCGUUAUUUUUGAUGAUUUCGAGAGGUUUCCUCCCACUGCUGCUACUGUGAGCUCCUCUCUCCUCUUAGGUAUCUGCAGCCUUCCCGAUACAAAAUUUAAGAGUUCUGUUGAUACUGCAUUGGCAGAUUCAGCGUGUUAUAGGUUGGAGAGUUCUAAUGGACGAAUGUCCUGUUUCAUCAACAAGGCUUUAGUAAACGUUGGUGGUGAUAUGGCAAAGCUAGUCCCUGGUCGAGUUUCAACUGAAGUGGAUGCUCGUCUCGCAUAUGACACACAUGGCAUCAUUAGGAAGGUGCAUGACCUAUUGAAAUUGUACCAUGAAAUUGAGAUCCCUCCAGAGCGUUUAUUGUUUAAGAUUCCUUCAACUUGGCAAGGAAUUGAGGCUUCAAGAUUGCUGGAGUCUGAGGGCAUACAGACUCAUUUGACUUUUGUUUACAGCUUUUGUCAAGCUGCAGCUGCAGCUCAAGCUGGUGCAUCUGUUAUUCAGAUUUUCGUUGGUCGCAUUAGGGACUGGGCACGCAACCACAAAGGUGACCCCGAGAUAGAAGCUGCUCUUCAAAGAGGAGAUGAUCCAGGUUUAGCUUUGGUGACGAAAGCUUAUAACUACAUUCACAAGUAUGGACACAAAUCGAAGUUGAUGGCAGCAGCAAUUCGGAACAAGCAGGACGUAUUUAACAUUCUCGGGAUUGACUAUAUCAUCACACCGUUGAAGAUAUUGCAGUCCCUCAAGGAUUCCGUGACUCCUCCUGAUGACAAAUACUCUUUUGUGAGAAGGCUAUCGCCACAAUCAGCUGCUACCUAUAAUUUCAGUGCAGAAGAGGUCUGCUUUUAAUGCAAUUUUAUAGUUUUUUCUCCCCCAUGGCCAACUUAAUCCGAACAAUAGAGGUAAAUUAUGGAAGGGACUGUCGUUUGAUUUGUGAGAAUACCAAAUAAUGUGGUGGCUUUUGCUACAAGUGGAUGGAAACUGAUGGUGCAUAAAUCAGAGUUGGACCUUCUGCUUUAAUAGAAAUUUCUCUGUACCCCUUGUUGCAGAUGCCUCUCCGGUGUGAGACAUCCAACUCUAUAUUUCUUAUGAGCCUUGCAACAGAGUCCUCGCCCAAUUUUGCUUUUGGAUGCAUUUAGACGUUGAUGAGUUCAGAUUUCCACUUGUAAAAUGGGACCAGUAUGGCUUUGCAUCAGCCAUGGGGCCUGCAGCUGUGGAGCUUUUGACUGCUGGAAUGGAAGGCUAUGUUAAUCAGGUGAAGCGGGUUGAGGACUUAUUCGGGAAGAUAUGGCCACCCCCAAAUGUAUGAAAUGCUCUCACGUAUCACAAAAGGAGUUCUCACUUGCAUCAAAUAAGAUGACAAACUCUGAUAAGAUGUGCGGUUCAUUAUGUGUUUUGCAUCUUUGUUUUCCUUUUUCUUUCUGGUUUAUUUCUUUCCUUAGAAACCCUCUACUCUUGUUAAGUGAAGUUGGCUUUUCUCAUCUUUAGCAACAAGUUUUCAGAAUAUCCCUCGAUUUAGCAAUAGAUCUCCAGCCAGUUCAUGUCUUAUCAUAGUUGGGGGAUGUUUUUGUUGACAUAUAGUCAUGUUGUAUUUGCUAGUGCAUCUUUGACCAUUUUCAUUUAGGCUAUAAGCAUCUAGACACUGGACUAACACAAUGAUACUGCAUUUUCAUUGUUGUCGGCCCCUUGCUAGGAUUCUGAAUAUGUAGAUAGAGCAUGCUAGGAAUCCCUUGGAAACAUCAUUUCUUCUCUGUUUGAUCUGCUAGUGAACUUCAUUGAGGGCUGCCUUGUUUUAUGGGAGGUCUCUCCAACGAUGGGCUCCUGACUAACGAAUUUGGCGUUGGGCCAGUGGCGACUCUCGUAUACAUCUGUCCAUGGAUAAUGACCCCAGGGCUGGAUUUCUCUUUGGACCUCGUCGUCCUAAUUAGCGCAGUUAUACAUCAGGUAAUUAUCAGAUUAAAUUUGUAGGAAUCUCCUACUCAUUAUCACCCAUUCUUUAGGUGAACUUUGAUCCUCUUACCCAUCCGCUAGGAUAGCCAAAUUUAGUCAAGUGUAAAACCUUUUUAAUACUAGCCAAGCACGAUCUGAAUAUUUCCGGUGUACUUUAAGGUACAUCAUGAAUAAAGCUUGAGCUCAUAGCGUGGCGUUAUUGAGUAGAAAGAUUGUUUAGGUGCCCGGAGCGCAUGCCUUUUAGUAAGGUGGUACGGAAUUAGUAUGAUUAAGGCAUCUUUCAUCUGCCAGAUUGUGUGAAAUUUUUUUUUUUGUUUUUUAAGUUUUGCUGAUCUAAGGAUUUUAUGAAGCUUAAUGGUCAAGGGAAAAAAAAAUAAAUUACAAACGAAAAAUGCGACGCAAUGUCCAUGGUCAAGAACAUUUCAAUUUUGAUGACAAAAAAGGUGUAAUUUUUUGUGUACAUAAAUGGAAAAAGGUUCAUCAUUGAUAGGAACCAGGUCCAGAAGAAAAUAUUUAAUGUAACAAUGACACUAUGUCAUUAAUAUCAAGUGAUGUUAUCAUCUAAUAAAAAUAUAACAAGUGAAUAUGUAGAUCUCACAAAUUUUAGUAACUCCCCUCUACGUCAUUUGGUAAUCACUUGUAAAAAUAAGUCUACUUUGUUAACAAACCUACUGUUUCGGUUCUUCAAUGUGAUCUUAGUUCUAUUCAAAUUACAGACUUUUCUCUACAUGAUAAGGGUGAUCCUGAUACAUCUACUCAUGAUAAGGAUGCUUAGGACUUGAUAUAUCCACCGAUGAUUAGGAUAAGAAUGCUUAUGAUAUUUUAGUUUUGCUUAGGGUUAACUUUGUUUUGAUUCUACUUAUUUGUACUCAAAUCUUUUGUAAUCUUCUGAUGUAUCUAUA